AUGCUUCCAGUCUUCUCACGCACACAUAAACUUGAGUUUCAGACUCUGCGGCAAUUUUUAGGCAGCCAUGGAGACAUUGCAUGUGGCGCCCUUCGAAUCGAGUCGAGCUGCCCGACCACAACCCAAGGCGUGGUAGUGCGCACAGAGCAUCGACUGGAUCCCACGACUAUAAGACCCUGGACCGAUUUCGAGCAACAGCAAGCAGUCCUGGCAGCAGAACGAGUGCGCGACCCAUUCUCCCUGUGUUCUCAGGCAGGGCUGGCAGGCAACUCUAGAACCCUCGAUAUGCGACGAGAUGUUUGGGAGAGGGAUCAUGAAGACCUCCACGACUUCAUGAUCAGAAAGCGAACAAAGUAUGGCUACAUCAGCACGUCGGAUACCUUCAUAUUCCUACGUCUCGAACAGCACACUCCCUCGAUUGUCGAAUACUACACGGUUCGUCGGCCACAACCAGGCUCUAGCCUGCCGCCCGAGAUUUUCUUGGCGCUUCUUUCGGCAGCAGACACUCGGCCCUGCCAAAGCCGCCGCCAACACACGCUUCCCUACCCUCGCCAGCUAAAGAAUUGUCGAUGCCCAAUUGCAUUCGAGCAGGCGCUCUUUUGCACAACUAAGUGUAUCUUAGACGUGGUCAUGGGUCGGCCGAUGGACGCAAAUUGCCCUAACAAGCACGGGCAUCAGCACCCAUCUGCCGCGGACUUUCGACAGGCACUCCGUGAGCAGCUCUCCCGAUCUUCGUCAGGUCGCCAACACCUGUGGUUAGGCUGGUCAGGAUCCGCAAGUUCCCUCUUCAAAGUCCGACUCGCUUCACUAGGAUAUGUCAUUGUAGCCAAGGCUACCUCCACCGGAUGCCGCCUUGCCGAGGACGAGGAGCAUAUUUAUACCGAAUACUUGCGUCCCGCACAGGAGAUUGGCGUGUUUGGGUCUUUGCUACUACUUGGCUGUGUUCCGGGACAGCCGAUUGUCAACGUGGCACCUCUUCUAACGCAAUCGUCGCCGUCCGCGUCGUCAACUGCCGACCCAGAUGACGGCCACGCCUCGUUGCCUCACCAGCAGGAGCCAGCGAAACAGCCAUUAGCUGCGGUUUGCAGGGCGGCGAUACAGACAGCCUUCGGAGUCAUCCAUCGCCUUGGUGUGCUCCACGGCAAAGCAGGAUUGCGCAACAUUAUUCUUUUACCAAGGGGGUCAACCAGCCUAGGUCAGGUAGUACUUGUUGAUUUUGGGAACGCUAUGCUUUGUGAUGAGUGGUGGGAGAGCGUGCGACGAAAGAGGGCACGGAAACGAAGGCAUCGCAAGCAGGCUCGGCUACAGCAGCAGGACGCAUCAAUAGCCGACCAACAAGCAGACUUUCAAGUAGCUUGUAGGCGUGAGAUGCUGCGGUGCCUCGAUGAGUUGGAAAGAAUAUGUAUUUAA